AUGAUCAUCAUGACGACUAUGGUGACGACAGUGCUGCAAAACGACGAUGAUAAUGACCAGGAUAAUGACGUUGCUGUUGAUGAUGGUGGGUAUGUUGAUGACAGUAACAAAGAUGAUGACAACAAUGACGAUGGCAGUGACAGUAGCCGGCCACAAAGAAAUUUCAAACGAGAUAUAAAUAAAUAUGUAUGUAAAAUAUCCAGAAAGUUAGUACCAAAAAUGUGCAUAAGGGAUACGCUAAAUACAACGUAUCGGUUGGUCAAGAAUUACGUAACUGAACUUCAGGAGCAAACCAAUAUGAAUAAAAAAUGA